AUGCCUGCUCAAAGAGGACCACAGACAUUAAGUUUUGUGCAGUGGUUCGUGCGAACAGCUGUUUUCGUUGUGUUCUAUGCCGGGCAGUCAAUUGCGCUCAAUUUUUCACAAUUUCUUAGCCUUCUAUUUCUUUGGCCACUUCAAAAUAACCUUUAUCACAAUUAUAUUAAACAUACCCAGAGAUGUUUUGGCAUUCUUCUAGUUGCCAUCAAUCAAUUCUUUGCACCUAGCAAUUUUGUGAUCACAUUGGAUAAAUCCACUGAAGAUAUUUUAAAACAAAGUUGGAAUGGAGCUAAAAUAGAUUUGGAUAUGCCCGAAAGACUUAUAUUAAUAGCAAAUCAUCAAAUAUACGCUGAUUGGGUAUACAUAUGGGUAUUUUCGUAUUUGGCUAACGCUCAUGGUGCCAUUAAGAUCAUCUUAAAAGAUUCCUUGAAAUGGCUACCAAUAUUUGGUUGGGUAAGAAUUGUUUAUGAUUAUGAUUAUGGUAUGCGAUUUUUCCAAUUCAUCUUUUUGAAACGAAAUUGGACUGUUGAUAAAGGCCCAUUGUCAAAGACGUUAUCGAGUCUCUCCGCCUCCAAGGAACCUUUAUGGUUGCUUAUAUUUCCAGAGGGAACAGUGGUAUCCGAUGUGACACGUAUAGCGUCCAAAAAAUUUGCGGAUAAAGUUGGACUGCAUGUAUUACUACCACGAUCCACAGGGUUAUAUUUUUGUACUAGAUCAUUGCAUAAAACCGUUGAUUAUAUAUAUGAUCUAACUAUCGGGCUGGAAGGGGUGGAGAGAGGAGAAUUUCCAGAAGAGAUAUACACGUUAUUAAAAAUUUAUUUUGAGGGACGAUAUCCUCGUAAUAUACAUUUGCAUAUUCGAAGGUAUGCGAUUUCAGAGAUACCGGAGGACGAAGAUAAAUUUACGGCGUGGUUAAGACAAAGGUGGAUAGAAAAGGAUGCAUUAUUGGAAGAAUUUUAUGCAAAAGGACAUUUUACGGGAUAUGGUUCACCGAGGGUUGUGCCAAUGAAGUUAAAUAGUGUAUUUGAAUUAGCGCAAAUUUGGUAUUUCAUUGUACCAUUAGUUCCUUUAAUGUGGUAUUUUUCGAAUAAUCUUUUUAAUAAUAAGUUCACAUCAUCUUUGAUGUGA